AGUGCGCGCUCAGUGCGGCUGCGCCGGCCGGUAGCUGCAGCUGGAGCGGUGGCGUUUGGAGCAGACGCGAAACUGGAUGGCUUCUACAGGGAGCCAGGCCUCUGAUAUAGACAAGAUUUUUGGAUUCUUCAAUGAUGGCGAACCCCCCACCAAAAAGCCCAGGAAGCUGCUUCCAAGCUUGAAAACCAAGAAACCUCGAGAACUUGUGCUAGUGAUUGGAACAGGCAUUAGUGCUGCAGUUGCACCACAGGUCCCAGCCCUGAAGUCCUGGAAGGGGUUAAUUCAGGCCUUGCUGGAUGCUGCUAUUGAUUUUGAUCUUCUAGAAGACGAGGAAAGCAAAAAGUUUCAGAAGUGUCUCCAUGAAGACAAGAACCUCGUCCAUGUUGCCCAUGACCUCAUUCAGAAACUCUCCCCUCGCACCAGUAAUGUUCGAUCCACAUUUUUCAAAGACUGUUUAUAUGAAGUAUUUGAUGACCUGGAGUCAAAGAUGGAAGAUUCUGGGAAACAGCUCCUUCAGUCUGUUCUCCAUCUGAUGGAAAAUGGAGCCCUAGUAUUAACUACAAAUUUUGAUAAUCUCCUAGAACUAUAUGCAGCCGACCAGGGAAAACAGCUUGAAUCCCUUGAUCUUACUGAUGAGAAAAAGGUCCUGGAGUGGGCUCAGGAGAAGCGGAAGCUAAGUGUGUUACACAUCCAUGGGGUCUAUACCAAUCCUAGUGGCAUUGUCCUCCACCCAGCUGGAUAUCAGAACGUGCUCAGGAACACUGAAGUUAUGAGAGAGAUUCAGAAACUCUAUGAAAACAAGUCAUUUCUUUUCUUGGGUUGUGGCUGGACGGUGGAUGACACCACUUUCCAGGCCCUGUUCCUAGAGGCUGUCAAGCACAAAUCUGACCUAGAACAUUUCAUGCUGGUUCGAAGAGGAGAUGUAGAUGAGUUCAAGAAGCUUCGAGAAAACAUGCUGGAUAAGGGGAUUAAGGUCAUCUCCUAUGGAAAUGACUAUGCUGAUCUUCCGGAAUAUUUCAAGCGACUGACAUGUGAGAUCUCCACAAGAGCAGGGAUGGCAAGAGAAGGCCAGCUUAAUGGCUCAUCUGCAGCACACGGUGAAAUGAGAGGCUGUAGUACAUGAGCAAGCUGGAGAAAUCACCAUUAGACCACACUGUGGGGCCUUCCUGUGGAUGUGUUAAACAUGCAAACAUACAAGAACUCAGCACCGCUCCCAGGAAGUACCAAUACCCAGAAGUUGAAGCUCGGGCAGAAUAGGGGCGGCAGUGUUGCACCUUCCCUUCAUGCUGGCUGUUUCUUGAUACUCUGCUGCCUGGUCCAAUUUAAUACCCAAUGACAUCAGGACCCAAUGUAGCCCCUACCUACCCCAAGGCUGGACAUGCUUGUCUACACAGCAGACCAAUGUGCUGGCUCCCAACUAUGGCUGCAGCUCUGCAGGACUUGGGGAGCAAGAAGUCAUGGAGUCAGUGGGCUCUUGUUGCAGUUUUGUACUCUACUUGGUUUUUUCAAUUGAGCUUAUGGCUUUUUUAAAACAUGACUUGAAGCUCUAGUUUUCUAGAUCUUUUACAGUGUACAGUAUUUUACAUAACUGAGCUGUAUUAAAAGCCUGUUCAUUUA